CCCUUCCAAGUUCCUCACGUUCUCUCGUUCCGUAUCUCGCAUCGAAAUCUACAUUGGACCCUUGUAUUUCUGAACCAGAUACUAUACCCCUGCAGCUCCAAUCGACAACAUGCCUACCGCCCUCCAAAGCACGAGCAUUGGUUGGAUCCUCAUCUCCCUGGGCCACACACUCGGCGCCAAAGACUGGCAAGGAUCCGCCCAAUUCCGCGCCCUGCCGACCAACGCCGAUACCUGCGCUCGCGCCGGCUGGUACCAGGGCAGCGUGUUCUUCCUUGUCAACGCUCUCAUCAACUACAACUGGUCGCUGGCCCCUGAGCAGCUGAAGAACCCGAUAAACAAGGCUAUCGCGAUCUUGAUGACGGCCGUAAUGCUGGCGAGCGGUGGAUGGUACUUCAAGCGCGGUGUCUCUAGCAAUGGUGUUGCGGUGACGAUUAUGGGUGCUUUGCAGGCUUAUGCGGCUUUGAGGGAGUAGUCUGGUCACUUUUCUGCGUGAGGAGUGUCCGGCUGGGCUUGUAUACGUGGCCUUCUUGGAAUCCAAAUGUCUCUAGUACUUUUCUUCUUGCAAUGAUGCUCUAAAGUGAUCGGCGGGACAAGCCUGAUGAAUAUAUUUCAUAGAGCUGGCGCUGCGCCUUGACUGCUGAGCAGGGGUAAUAGCAUGGACUGGAUACACUUCAGAUGAACUCGCCU